UCGUCGCUUCGUCACUCUCGGAGUAAUUCUCUUGAUACCCAUCUGCUCUCUUCCUCCCACCCUACUAUAAGUAUUUGAGCUUUCCAAUCCUGUCUCGCAACAAACUCUCCCAGGCCACCUCGCAUCUGCGCCAGGCUCAUCGUCACUUGGCAAGGCUACCAUCUUUUUCUGUGCAGCUGUGGGGCUGAAGCUGGAGGUCGGAGCUAGCUCCUGAUUCGUAAGAUAAGCUUUGAACGGUUCUUGUCAUGCUUGUGUCUGUGUCGACGGAAGAGAAGAGCGAUCUUGGAUAGAGUGUGAGAGCUUGUUCGGCGGAUCUAUCCACGAUGGGUGUCUCAGGACCAGCUCACUUUGUGUUCAUCCACGGUGGUGGAUUUGGUGCGUGGACCUGGUACCGAGUAGUCGACCAACUACGGAAGAAGGGCCAGAAGGCCACAGCCAUCGAUCUCACAAGCUGCGGCCGAGACUCCGUUGACCCCAACACUGUAACCUCGUUUAUGGAUUACAACCAGCCUUUGGUCGAAUUCAUGCAGACCCUCGCUCCCAACGAGAGGAUUGUCCUAGUUGGGCACGAUCUGGGAGGCCUGAGCGUGACAUAUGCAAUGGAACACUUUCACAAGAAUAUUUCGGUGGCUGUCUUCAUUGCCGCCAUGAUGCUACCCAGCGGAUUCCCUCUCACGUUGGAGCUAUUCGAGUUGGACCCAAAGGUGGGCAGCCACAUAGAGUACACAUUCGGCGAUGGAACUCAUGCCAUGCCCACGUCGUUGUAUGUCAUGGAGAAGAUGCAACCCCAGGUGUUCUACCACAUGUGCCCAUCUGAGGAUGUUGUGUUGGCAUCACUCCUUUCGAAGCCUGUGCCGUUGAAAAUGCUGGACGGCUCCUAUACCCAGUACACAGACGAGAAGUAUGGCUCCAUUCCUAAAGUUUACAUCAAGACAAUGAGGGACCGCGUCUUGCCUCCGGACGUCCAGGACGAGGCUUUCUUGUCUGAUCCCAACUGCUUGCCUAACGAGAUUCGAGAAAUUGAGUCCGACCACAGCCCCUUCUUCUCGAAACCUGCCGAACUGGUGCAACAACUGGAGGAAAUCUCGGCCACCUACUCCUAAACCAUCGAACAUACUCUUCCCCUGGCAGUUGUUCUUCGGCUGUUCCAGGGCUGUUUUGAUCCUUCGGUCUCUACCAUGUCAAGGUUUGAUGGCAUUAUUGGAUGAGUGAAGUAGCAAGAGUGCCACUUCGUAGUGCCCCGAUCCAAGGAUGGAAAAACCGUAAAACAUGUACAACUUUAUUGGCAAGUAUUGAGGUUAGAUUAGUACUCGUUAUCUGUAGCGUAGUGAAUAAGGUGGUAGGCUUCCGAACGGCAGGGGCUCUUUUUAUACAGCUCGCUGCUUAUCUCUCUGUGUAUCUCUUCAUCUCUCUCCAGUUGCGUGCUCCAGGAGGUCAUGCCGGUGUAAGUUCCAGCAUUUGCAACUGGGUUGCAAAUGUGAAGUUCAAAGUUCGAUGUUGGGUAGGGUGGUUGGUGUGCAAUCCAGCACCUUCAUGGACUCGGCAGUUGAAUGAUUCAACGAAAUGAGCUUGUGACUGUCUCUCUCUGUAGACUCUUUUGGAAGUGAAAUCAGGGCAAGUGAGCACAUAUCAAGGACUUUAUGCGCCGAGUCUGGCUCUGUCUGCACAUUAAGAUCAGAAUGCUGGAGCUGUUAUGUAAAGAACACCGGUGCUCUAAGGUCUGCUUUGAAACAAUACUUCUCUCGUUCA